AUGGAAGAGGCACUCGAAGAAGAACGCGAUGUGAUAAGCAACAACACUCGUGAUCCAGCCAUCCCUUUUGGCAAGGCCGGCGAUGAACUGGGUUUGCUUCUCGAAAUAUUGAAGUUGGUUGAGAAUGUUGACUUCCUCAUCUUUGAUAUCAGAGUACCGAGUUAA